GCAGAAACUGUGCACCUCACCCCCCUUUCUUCUCCCACAUCUGAGUUGGAGAUGCAUUUGUACAUCUGUAUGGUGACAAUAAAGGCAUUCUCUUCUAUUCUAUUCGCACUGAAUACAUUUGCAUGUAACACUAAAAACAUGAAGAAUAAACAUGAAUAUUUAGAAGAAGCGCUGGUUUUCGGUAACAUGGCAGCCAUAUGUCCAAAGGAAACCCGCGUUUACAAAGAGGGCCGCGGACCCCGGUGACUCCAGUCAACAGGUUUCGCAGUCCGCUUGAACGCAUCAAAACCUGCUUUCGUCAUCACGCACAGUCACGUAACCCAUUCGUCCAAUCAGGUGAGAAGCUAAGAGGAGCUCCGGAAAGAAGCCGAUGAUAUGGCAGCUUUGAGAGCGCCCAGGUAGAACUCUCUUCGUGUUAUCAAAACACUUUGAGUCGAUAUCAGGGCGCGUGCUCGACAUGAUUUACUUAAUACUCGUUUCCGCGGCUUUCGGAGCAGUCGUUACUCUGAUAGUGCAGUUCCUGCUGAUAUACCGGAGGAGCCCUGAGCCCGUAGGCAGGACAGUGCAGUAUGUCAAAGUAGUGCCCGGUAACGCGCUGAAGGAUUACUUUAAUAGCCAUCAUGCCGAAGCAGGCCAGCAGCAGGACAGCACGACAUGUACCGCAUCUAAGCAGCCAGAGGCCGCCUCUACACGGCAGCAGGAAGCAGCCGUCACCGGCGGCGGCCCGAAACAACAGCCGCCACCGCCUUCCCAAAGCGAGCCCAUCGAUGCAGGAAAAGCCGAAACGUGCCAUUUCCUAAACGCUAUCUUUCUGUUCCUAUUCCGGGAGCUCAGAGACACUCCCGUCGUCAGACACUGGCUCACCAAAAAGAUUAAGGUGGAGUUUGAGGAGCUGCUGCAGACCAAGACAGCUGGUCGGCUCCUGGAGGGACUCAGUCUGAAAGAUUUCUCUCUGGGGAAUUCGCUGCCGGUUUUUAAAACCGCCAAACUGAUGAAGCCGGUGCAUGUGAACGAGGACGGGAUGCCCGAAGAGCUCAACUUCGAGGUGGACAUCGAGUACAAUGGCGGCUUCCACCUCGCCAUCGACGUCGAGCUGGUGUUCGGAAAGUCUGCUUACCUGUUCGUUAAGAUGAGGCGCGUGGUGGGCAGGCUAAGGCUGCAGUUCACGCGCGUGCCCUUCUCCCACUGGUCCUUCUCCUUCCUCGAGGAUCCGCUGGUGGAUUUUGAGGUGAAGUCCCAGUUUGAAGGAAGGCCACUGCCUCAGCUCACCUCCAUCAUAGUCAACCAGCUGAAGCGGGUCAUCAAGAAGAAGCACACGUUACCCAACUACAAAAUCAGGUACAAGCCCUUCUUUCCAUUCCAAGUGCAGCCUCUGCACGGUUCAGCCUGUGAUUUGGAUCUGUCCGUCCACGACAGCCGGCUGGUAGAAGGACGGCUCAAAGUCAGCCUCAUUGAAUGCAGCAGACUGUUCAUCCUGGGCUCCUAUGACAGAGAAACCUAUGUCCAUUGCACCCUGGAGCUGAGCAGCCACCAGUGGAAGGAGAAGGCUCGCAGUUCCAUCAAAAAGACGGAGAUCAUCAAGGGGACAUGUGGCAGUGUGGGGAUGACGUUCAGACACGUCACUGCCAGUGAGGGCGAUGCAGUGCAUGUUUGCAUCGAGACAGUUUUGCCCAACUCCCCAGCAGCUUUGGCAGAGCUGCAAAAGGGUGAUCGUCUCAUUGAAAUUGGAGGUGUUAAAGUGACGUCCUCGGUUCAGGUACCAAAACUGUUAAAGCAGGCUGGAGAAAAGGUGUUGGUACUUUAUGAGAGACCAGUACGUCAUCAGACUCCCUCUUUGGGAAACCAGGCAGCUCUGCAGGAAGGACUUGUUCAGCUAGAAGAAAUUGGUUUCAUGUCCCAGCAAGCAGGUUAUGAGGAAGAGCCAGCCCCCAUCAGCACCCUUUCUGACCUGUCUGACAGCAAAGACAUAGACUCUGAGUUUGAAGAGUUGAUUGUGGAAUCCAAGCCUAGUGGUGGCAGUGCUGGGCAAAAUAGCAGUACCACAAGUAUCAGUGAGAACAAGGAGGAUUUCUUACUUACAGUAAACCAAAGCCCCAAAAGGACUGUAGCCAACCUGGCUUCAAAGCCUCUUGGUACUAUAUCACCCAUCCUCAACCGCAAGUUAAACCUGGUGGGUCUCCAGUCACCACUAAAGCCCCAGCCCAAAGAAUCGCCAAAGCCCUCCCCGCAAAAGACCAGUAGUGAUCCAGGGGAGGUUCUGCAACGCCCUACUGUCCCUCCCCCACCUCCCCCUUCCCGCCCUCCAGUUCCACCACGACCGCAGAUAAAGUUGACGUCGGCAUCCUCCGAAACGAGCCUCUUGGAAAGUGUGGAUUCUGCUGCAGCUGGUAAUGUUAGCGCUGCUUCUUCCAUUACUAAGACAACCAGUGCUUCAGAAAAGUCUCCAGAAAAGGUUCAGCGCAGUGGACCCGGUGAGGACAAGCCUGCCACUGAGAAGGCAUGUGUCAAACAAAUGGAGGCGAAACAGUCCAGCAAGGCAAUGGACACGAGUGAGGAGGUACUUCCAUCAACUGUGACCAGCAGCAGCAGCAAGGCUGAUCAAGCAAAGGACAAAGCAUCAGAGAGCUCCUCCAGUACACGGGACAGUGUAGAGGACCACUCCCUCUGGGAAUCCACAGAAACCAUGUUUCGUAACCAAACGGCACACUGGUCCAAGGCGUCUGUGGUAUUUGAGGUAGAGAGCAACCAUAAAUACCUUAAUGUGGCCCUGUGGUGCAAAGAUCCCUUUAAACUGGGCAGUCUGAUAUGCCUGGGUCAUGUGAGCCUCCAGUUGGAGCACAUAGCUCUGGAAUGUAUGGCCACAUCUUCAGGAGAGUACCAGAGCACCUUCAGGUUGGGGGCUCCAGAGCCCAGAGCUAACGUCAGUCGCACUGCAUUACGCAGUCUCAGCACCCACAAGGGUUUCAAUGAGAAGCUGUGUUAUGGAGAUGUUACUUUAAACUUCUGUUACUUAGCUGAGGGUGAGCUAGACUAUCCAGUUGGGCUGGUGGAAAGAGACACAGAGGGCAGUGUUCAGGAGGAGGACCUGAGGGAGAGGGAGCCCGUCCCUGCAGCACCACGCGAGGACUUGACCUACAGCGCUCUGCAGUUGCAGGAGGUCCGUCAUAACUUCCAGGACACACAGUUCCAGAACCCCACCUGGUGUGAGUACUGCAAGAAAAAGGUUUGGACCAAGGCAGCCUCUCAGUGUAUGGUCUGCGCCUAUGUUUGCCACAAAAAGUGCCAGGAGAAGUGCCUCACUGAAAAUCCUUUUUGUGUGGCCACAGCCGAACGCCGUGGAGCUGACCUCGAAGCCAAAUCCACCAUAAACCGUGCCACCACGGGUCUAACUCGCCACAUUAUCAACACCAGCUCCCGUCUGCUUAACCUUCGCCAGGUGCCGAAGGCUCGGUUUACUGAACAGGUAGCCGACGUGGUGCCUGGAGUGGUGGAGCCCUCCCCUAAACAUACCCCCAACACAUCUGACAAUGAAAGCAGUGAUACUGAAACUUACACUAGUGGUGCCAGCCCCUCAAAGCAGCCAGCUGGAAGCGGUGGGAGCAGUAAACUGGUACGUAAGGAAGGCGGGCUGGAUGACAGCGUGUUCAUAGCUGUGAAGGAGAUAGGUCGCGACCUUUACCGGGGGCUGCCCACAGACGAGCGCUCCCAGAAGUUGGAGUUGAUGCUGGACAAACUGCAACAGGAAAUUGACCAGGAGCUGGAGCACAAUAACGCCCUUCUGCUGGAGGAGAGGGAAGCCACAGAUGCACGCCGCAAGGCCCUCAUCAGCACUGCCCUGGCCAAGUCUGGGGAGAGACUCCAGGCCCUCACCCUGCUAAUGAUUCACUACCGCGCAGGUAUUGAGGACUUGGAGUCGGUGGAAAGUACUUCUCCUUCAGAGCAGCGAGGCUUUAAGGGCAAAGAAGAAGGUCUGGAGGAAGAGGCCCUCUUGGGGACCGAGGUCUACGACAGCGACAUAUGCAGCCCUGUAGACGUGCCGCUGCUGGACGACAUUACCGAAGAGCAGAUCUGUGUGGAGGCUCUGCACUAAAAUAAGACUUGGAGAAUUACAGCAGUGCAUUUAAAAUACGGGGAUGUGGGCGUUGAGUGUCACCUGUAAUUUGUGUUUGUUUCCUUUUUCAUGUCAAAAUGAAAAUCGUUUCGAGGCUGUUCCUUACGAGGACUGUAUGGUAAAGCCGUUGUUGAUCUACUGAUUUCCAUGCUUGAGGUUUUUAAAGGGAAGAAAGAAAGUUGCACAUGAGUUAUCGAACGCCAGCUACACAUUGAUCCCUUUGGUUUUCUGCGACCUGAGAAUGUCACUGUAUGCAUUUAAUUCAGGUUGCUGUCUUACCUUUAUUUUGGAGAACAAUUAUGAACUAUGAAGAGCAACAAGGGUUUAUAUUUUGUUGGCUGAAGGAUCCUGCAAGCAGUCUUUAUUUUUCUUUUGUAAAAUGUUUGAGUGAGUUAUCACAGUGAUCGUUGGGGUUUCACUUCUGCACAUGGUGUAGUUUGUUGUUUUCCUCAGUGUUUUGAUUGGUUGGUCUGUAUUUCAGACAAUUAAGUCUCUUGAUUUUAUUUUAUUGUUCUUUAAAUCUCCCUGGGUGUAAGAUGGUCGACUUAUGAAUAUUUCUAUAAUGCCAUGUUAUAUUUCGUUGAGAACAUUCCUCCAGUGUGUACAACGGUUCUGUGGCACAUUGUUGACUGUAAUGAGUGCAAUGUGAGAGAGACGUGAUCUCUGAAUGAAUGUGACCCGGGAGCCUAUGUGAUUUAGUACCUGUGUUUUUAAUCCAUACCUGGUUUAAUCCUGAUUGUUUGCCUUUAAGUUGCUUCCAUGUCCAAUGAAUGUCUGUUCUUUUCCAUGUUUUGUCUGUAUACAGCUGUUUGGCACCACCCUCCCUCCGUCCAUCCUUUAAAAUGCUGAGCAUUAAGUCUGUUUGACUGAUUGUGUCAAAAAACAGCUAUAGCUCCCAAAGCGCCAUGAUCUUCAUUCACUGUUUACAGCUGCUAAGAACAAGAAGACAUGUCAGUGUUGGGGAAAUCUGCCCUUAAUCCUGAACGCGAUCUUUCGUUGGCUUCGUCCUUUGUUUAUUUUUUCUAUUUAGUGUCACAGCGCAUACGGGAAGGAGCUCUGUGUGCAUGUCAUGUGAUGCUAUAGAAGGAGAUGUACUGUAUGAAAAGCUUGAACAGAAGAAUAGAAGCCUUUUGUUGUUAAAUAGGCUUCAUAUGUAAGUUAUGAGGAGCUAAAACACUGCAGUGAAUGAAGUACAACAGCAGCAGUUCAACCUUCAUUGUUGUGACUACUAGAAUGUCUCCUCUUUGCUGACAGCAGGUAGUCUCUGAUGUUAUUCACCUGUGACUCGCUUUGACCGUUUCCAUGUGGCUUCUCGUUGAACAUAUCACUUUGUCAGUGGAGAGACUGAUAGCAGGUGUGAAUGGCUGAAGUCAGUGAAGCUGACUUAUUCAAAAGCCACGAGUGAAGAUCUGCACAGAGACGAGCCUACAAUCUGCUCUUCACACUCCAGUGGUGGAUUUGCAGAGUGUAACCGACUUUAACUGAAGAUUCAACAAGAUCAGAAAUGGCAUGUUGUUUUCUGCUGUGGUUAAUAUGUUGCGUAUGUGCUGUAGAUAUUGACCCACUGGUCGCUAUA